AGGGGUGCUAGAUGAGUACUUUUCAUACGCAAAAAGUUUUCUGGCUUUCAGUUCGACAACUGCACUUUCUUUUUGCUAAGUAGAUACUUGUAUUAGUAUACGGCCCUUAGUAGCUGCAGGUGUUUUAUUAUUAGCUUCGAAUAAGCGCCACGGAAACCCCCCUGCCGAAAAUGUCGCGAUUUGCCUUCCUUCAAUCCGAUGACUCGUCCGAUAGCGAGACGGAGCAAGCCCCGAAGAUUGUGGAAAAGCCAAUGCCACAGGUAUAAUUGUACGGAUUGAAUACGCAUGAGACAACGUUUCCUCAUUUUGCGCUUCUUGCAUGCGAAACUUUUUCAGUGCGCAAAGAAAGGUAUGUUCUUUGUGAUGCAGAUAAGUAGAUUUUUGCCUACGGGAAACAAAUGAAGUUACUCGAUCAGGCCGGUGGUAUGGCAGCUCCGGUUACUUCCUUCGCGGAAGAUGCGGGCGAUUUCCGAGCGGUACCGAAAAAGAAGGCUCACCACAUGAAGGCAGAUGCAAAAAUGGUACAGGAACACAUCCAGCAGCUGGACAACAGCACGACCACACCAGGUAUGUAUAAUGUGGGACGACUUUCAUUUUGUUUUGCUGCCACGAUGAAAAUUUCUGAUGCUGUUUUAUUCACGAUUGGUUGGUGGCUCGAUUUGUGGUGUGAAAUUUGCAAUGCAAAAAUACCAUUGCAGUUUACGCGAACGGUGGUCAUGCUGCGGGUCAGGGGAUCUCUCCAGCGCACCUCGUUAUCUCCCCGGUGCAGAAGUCCACACCAAAAAACGCCGCUGCGGUCGCAAUGGAUCCGUCGGCGCUGCAAACGCAGUCACCACUGGACAAGAAGGUACUACUCAUAGUGAAAGCUAUUUUAUUUUUGUCAUGCACAUCAUCAACCAGUAAGUCUUUAUCGUGCGUUUUUUCUAUGAGAUGCAUUGUCAAUAAUUUCGAAAAAUCAACUCACCACAGGCUAUGAAGAAGGCCAAAAAGAAGGCUGCCAACAACCGAUUUGCAUGCUUCGUGGACAGCGAUGAAGAGAAGGGAGAAGAUUCCUCCGAGGAAGAGGAGGCAGAUGACGUCACACCAAUAGCCAGCCACAUCGCACGUACUGAACUUGGUGUCAUUUGCUUUGUCAUGCGUAGUACUCAUACUCCUGUGAAUAAGAAUAACAUCGCUUUUUCUUUUUCUCUAUUACUGGUGCUCUCGACGAACACCUCUUUUGACUGUGACCACUUCCUGCAAAAAUACAAAUUAUCCAAAACAGCGGUCCUCCCAAAGCACAUUGGAUUGCUGAACCAGAGCGCACAACCGGAUUAUUUCGCUAUCGUCCACAUGGAAUCCACGGUCAAGCCCGAGGUAUUAUUGCUUUGUUGAUUCGCAGUUGUGCAUGACGCAUUUUUAUUGCCAUGCCUGACCCUGACGUCGAAAAUAAAGUUUUGCAUAAAUAAUUUGCACACACACACACACACACACACACACACACACAAGGCAACAUUUCUGUAUGACAUUCCAACAACAGCGCGACCCGGUGGAGGAACUGAAGAAGCCCUUCGUGUCUGAAGUCGUGUCCGUCAACAUUUCCUUUUUCAAUAGCAAAACAAAGAAGACCGACUUUUCGUUCAAAAAACUCGUGCGACCGACCGUGUUCCCGGUGCUGAGCCCGCAGACGACAGAACAAACGAGCAUUUCCAAUGAAGAUCUGGACAAGAGCCACGCGCAGCCACUGGAUGAAGUUUUGCGGGAACUGGAACGCUUUUUCAAGGAGAACAACCUGGUAUAAUGAUUGAUACGCUUCAAUUUCAUCACAAAUUUUUGCUCCAUUUUUGCAUGUUUUGCACGAAACAGCCUAGUAAGUUAUUUUCCUCACUAAAGUGAGUAAAUUCACAACUACGAUUUCUAUCACUAUGACAUUCUCAGGUCUCCGCGCUGCGUAACAAGAAGAAGCCGCUUUCCCAGAUCCAGUCGAAUCUGUGCGAGUUCGUUUUUGUCACCUACGGUGCGGAACCGCUGCAAUCCUCCUUCACCAAAGAGUGCAAGAGAAAACAGAUCCCGCACGCCAACGUGUGGAAAAAGUGGUGCGAUUUGCGGAAGGUCUACGAGGAAAACUACAAAAAGUCCGCGCCGACGUUGGAGGAUAUGCUGCGUCAGAUCUGCAUGGAAUUCGAGGGCGUGCCGCGGGUGGACGACGGGCAGAACGUGGCGAAGGCGCUCGCGGCUAUGCUCACCGACAUCCCGGACAAGAUCACGGUCAACAGCAGCCUGCAGGCGUGAGUUUCUGUUUCUUGCGACAGAUUUUCUUGAAAAAUCGGCACUAGUGCACGACUUCUGGGAAAUAAAGAACGGGUCGUGUGCUGGAGUGCUGCUGAAAAUCGCGGGAGCGGACCAUAAUAUCACGUAUUAACCAGCACAGAACUACUAACAACUUUCCAAAUACAAUCAAGCAGCUAGUGCAGUUCAUUUCACACUAGUCGUGAAUAUCGAUCUGACGCAGCAUCGAACACAGACAAGUUCAGACAAACUCAAUCUAGACGCGACAAUCCAUCAGACAGUUUUAAUUUGAAAUUUAGACACAAAAGAGCGACUACACCGGCGAUCUGAGCGAGCAGGUGUGUACUAUUUAGGAACUAAAAGCUGCACAACUCUCGCCCAGAGCUUUUGCAGAGCUCGAGGAACACUCGUUUUUUUGUACAUCAGAAUUGCAAGAAGAAACAUGAAGCGCCGGAGCAGGUGGCUUUGGCUAGAGGGAUUCCUGCAAGCCAGAAAACUGCCUUUCAUUUUCAGCAAGCUUCAUUAUCCCUCAGGAUCGUGGGGAAGAUGAAAGUAAGUAGACACGGAAGAACAAAUGUAACGCGAUUCACUAGAACUACCUCCACCGCGUCCCCACGAAAAAUAAAGGGAUUGCUUCGGACGAAAGAAUGCAGUCUUUCUUACUUGCAACUGUUUCACACGACUAGCUUUUAACGAGCAAUGCACGUAGGAGGAAUAUUAAAAAUCUUCUGAACCUGCUUAGUGAACUGGUAUUUUGACGAAAAAACUUAACGACUACAACAUCUGUAGUAGCGCAAUUGUGACUGAUUUUAGGGAAUAUUCUAUCAAAGAGUCUGCUUAUCUGCUUUUGCUUUCACCACGACAAGAGACGGAGAAUGAUCUUUUUUCUCUGCAUCUCAAAAUGACUUCUUGGAGUUUACGAAAACAUUUUUUCACAGAAUGUCCUAAGCGAGUCAGUACC